AUGGAUCAUACUAAAAUGUACAUCCAAUCAUCCUCAAUUCUACUGCUUGCCUUUCUUACUCAAUAUCUCUGGCUUGAAUUAGUAAAUCAACAUCACGUCGCUGCCUUGACGAUUUUUGUUUCUGUGCCUAAAUAUGGCAUAAAAGUCAUGGUAAUCUGGAUUCAAAUAGAAAGCACCGUUAUAAGCCAUAUCCAAGGGACAUUUAUCAUCUUCAUGAAUACUGGGAAGAUUAAAAUUUGUUCGAGAUUGCUUUCGAGCGAAAAAUCUUCCCGUACGAUUAUACGACUCCGACUGGACGUGUGUUACAAAAUCUGA